AUGUUCUUCGGGUUGGUGCAUCUUCUUAGUCAUGUGCUGCUUUUUACCAAUUUGUACUUCUGCAUGGAAAUUAAUGUUUGCGAACUUGUGCAACUUGCUCCGGGUUGUAGGGGGGAGGUCAGGCACGACCAAAAAUGUGUUAUUAAAAUAAGCGCCUUUAAACAGGACUUUAAUUUGAAUGUCGUACCUGACUCAGUUUUUCUCGCACCUGAUGAUGCGCACAGAACGCAUCCAUCCAAAGUGUCCACUUUACGCAGAUGCUUUUAUUCUGGAGAUGUGAACUCGGAUCCUUCAUCCUCUGCAGCGCUCAGUCUGUGCGCAGGAAUGCGUGGAGCUUUCUCUUAUAACGGUAUGGAAUAUGAUUUUCAGCCACUUGGGAAUGACACAGUACACGGAUUUCCAUCAAACGCCCUACAGACGCACCUCAUACGUCGCCGAAGAAACUCCAUCAUUCACCUUAACUUCACUUCCAGAUGCGCAGUCACGACUGGUACUAACCGAGCCAUUUCAGAAUCGUUAGGAAACGCGCAGAGAAAAAUGACAACCAAAUCUGCACCGAAAGGCACUGACAGGUCCAAAAGGUUUGCCUCUCAUCCCAGAUAUGUAGAGGUCUUGGUCGUUGCUGAUGAGUCCAUGGCCGAGUUCCAUGGGGACGAUCUGAGGCAUUACCUUCUGACUCUCAUGGCUGUUGCUGCCAAGCUGUACAGGCAUCCCAGCAUCCUGAACCUCAUCAACAUCGUGGUGGUGGAGAUCCUUGUGAUCGAAAAGCCAGAGAAAGGACCCAAUAUCUCCAGCAAUGCUGCUCUGACCCUGCGCAACUUCUGCUCAUGGCAAAAUGAGUUAUACAAGGCUCAAGGGAAACUCUCUGAGUACUGGGACACUGCAAUUCUGUUUACCAAAAAGGACUUAUGUGCGGCUACGACCUGUGACACUCUGGGCAUGGCUGAUGUUGGGACCAUGUGUGAUCCCAAGAGAAGCUGUUCUGUUAUUGAGGAUGAUGGGCUUCCCUCCGCCUUCAUCACCGCACAUGAACUAGGCCAUGUCCUUAAUAUGCCACAUGACAACAACAAGGCCUGUGAGGAAAAGUUUGGGAAACUGAAGGACGACCACAUGAUGUCCCCUAACCUCAUCAAGGUUGAUCGCAGCAGUCUUUGGUCUGUUUGCAGUGCCAGCAUAGUUACAGAUUUUCUGGACAGCGGCCAUGGUGACUGUCUGCUGAACAAACCCCAGAAGCUACUUGAUCUAUCAGAGGACCUUCCAGGACUUACUUACAGCCUCAUACGCCAAUGCGAGUUGGCAUUUGGCUCUGGAUCUAAGCCCUGUCCUUAUAUGCAAGCUUGUUCAAAGCUGUGGUGCACAGGAAGGGCACGUGGGCAGCUAGUGUGUCAGACUCGCCACGUCCCUUGGGCUGAUGGCACCAGCUGUGGCAUAAACAAGAUAUGCUACAUGGGCACUUGCGCUAAUAAGGACAUCAGUACUAAACCCAAGGUAGAUGGACAGUGGGGUCGGUGGGGGGCAUAUGGAGCUUGCUCUCGGACAUGUGGGGGAGGAGUCCAGCUGGUCAAAAGAGAUUGCAACAACCCAGUUCCAGAAAACGGUGGCAAAUACUGCCAUGGCCUGCGUGUGAAGCACCGCUCCUGCAAUUUGGAGCCAUGUAAACAUGCAGGAAAAAGUUUCCGUGAGGAGCAGUGUGAGGCCUUCAAUAACAUCAGCCUCAAAACUAACAGACUUGGAUCCUCUGUGGUGUGGGUGCCCAAAUAUUCUGGAGUUUCGGCGAAAGAUCAGUGCAAGCUUAUCUGCAGAGCAAAUGGAACAGGAUACUUUUACGUACUUGCUCCGAAGGUUGUGGAUGGAACACUGUGCUCCCCCGAAACCUCAGCUGUCUGUGUCCAAGGAAAAUGCAUCAAAGCGGGGUGUGAUGGCAAGCUGAACUCUAGCUUGAAGUUCGACAAGUGUGGAGUGUGUGGAGGAAACAAUCAAAACUGCAAAAAUGUCUCUGGGGUGUUCACCAGACCAAUACGUGGAUAUAAUUUUGUGGUCACCCUACCAGUUGGAGCUUCAAGCAUAGACAUCAGACAGCAUGGCUACAAAGGUUUGCUGAAUGAUGACAACUACUUAGCCGUCAGGAACAUUCACGGUCGGUAUCUCCUCAAUGGUAAUUAUGUGGUUUCUGCGGCUGAGCGAGACAUUAUAGUCAAAGGCAGCUUACUGCGCUACACUGGAACCUCCACAGCUGUUGAGAUGUUGAAGGCCAUCAGACCCCUUCAGGAGAACCUGAUUGUGGAGGUGCUUUCUGUGGGUAAAAUGACUCCACCACGCAUACGCUAUUCUUACUACCUGACAAAGGAAAGCAAGGGGCAAAAGAUUCUCAAGAAGGAAGAAAAAAAACAUGCUCAGAACAGCAUUAUGCCAGAUACCAACAAAGCACUACUAAAAAGUCAGAAACCCUCCGGUAAAUGGAUGACCAGUGACUGGGAGGAAUGCUCUGUGAGCUGUGGAAACGGCUUCCAGAAAAGACUUGUUAAGUGCUUAGACCUAAAUGGGAAAGCAGACACUUACUGUGACAAAACAGAAAAGCCUAGUGCUGUGAGGGUGUGUGGUGACCCUUGUCCUAUGUGGAGUAUCGGCGAGUGGUCUAGUUGCUCAAAAAGCUGUGGGAAGGGUUUCAAGAAACGGACUAUACACUGUGUCACUCACACCGGGCUGCCUCUAUCCAGAGUCCACUGCUCAGGCAAGAGAAAACCACAAGAACUGGAUUUCUGCACUGCUAGAAACUGUUAGAGACUUGUAAAUGUACACUAUAAAGGCAAAUAUUUGUGGACACCUGACUGUAAACUAC